AUGCAACUCUGUGCUCUCAGCUCUGCAGCUCAAUUACGGGCUGCCCGGCCCGGCGAGCAAGGCCACGCCGUUUCUUCUAAGAGCUGCAUCUCAUUCCCCUGCUUCUUGACUGGUGGUGCACCAAAACCUCUCUGCCUCUUUGCGACUGGCUCAAGUCUCUACCUCGUCACCUGUGAUCGCAAGAUAGCGCGUGCCGGGCACAAGCCAGGGCAGCCACAGGGGUGGGGGGUGAAGCUCAUGGGAGGGGCCUUCUUCUUCCUCGCUUUAGUCACAGUCAUCUGGGCGCCCAUGCUGAUCUACAGCAGCGGCAACCCAGCCAACUACCCCAAUCUGGUCACAGACGUGCGAGUCAACUUGGUUCUUCAGACCUGCUCCGGUUCCUUCCCCAUCUUUGAGGGCGGACAGGAGCGCCUGCUGCUAGACCCUCUGCUCAACCCGGGUCCCGCAACCCCCUUCCAGGUCGCUGAUGUGUAUUCACAGCAGUUGCAGGAGAUGCGUUUCCUGGAAGGUUCCUUCAGGGGAGUUGCGGAGGGAGGUUCCUUUGCUGAUCGUGAAGAGCAGGACGAUUUUUUGGGAGUUUCUGGAAGGUUCCUGGAGUAUCCUGAGGGGGUGGCGGCUUCUGUGGAAGACUCCCUCUCCCUCUUUCAGCUAACACCCCCUGCUGAGAGCCGGUUAAGAGAAGCACUUAGGAGAUCCGCCACAGGAGGAGGGGGGGGCAGAAGCAGAGGAAGGAAAGGCGGAAAGUAUAGUCCGAGCGGAGGGAGAAUAAGAGAUUUGUCAAUAUCAUCACACCUAGAAAAUCCCUUCCCGUAUCUCCCAGUUCAAUCCUCACUCUCCUCCUCCCGACCAGCCUCCUCCCGUCGCUCCCUCCAAGCCUCUUCCCGAGCCUCCUCCCAAGCCUUCUCCCGAGCCUCCUUCCGAGCCUCUCUCUCAGGUCCGCCAGACCCAUGUGCGCCGAGCCUGAUAGUCCAGUGGUGGUUCACACGUCCCCGCCCCGUACGAAGGGAGGUGGCGUCAUGGGAGGAGGUCUAUUCCGGCCUGCCCCCCGCGCUGCUUGCUGAUGGGCUGCUGGGGAUACUGGAAGGAAGGAAAGCGCUUGGCUAUGGUGGUAAUGGUGGUGGGGCGUUGGGGUUGCUGCUGCCGGAGCUCUAUCCAGUCUACUGGAAGCUUCCUGGUUUCGGCAGGGCGAGAGAGCUGGAAGCUUCUAAGGUUCGAUCCGCCUGCUGCCUACAGCUGCAAGAUGACUCUAGCAGCGGCAGCAGUAGCAGCAAUGGUGGUGGUGGUGGCAGCAGCGGCGGAGGGAGUGGUAACAGCCGUUGGUGGGUGCUGCACUCAUUGGCUGGGGCAGCAGCAGCAGCAGUGGAUGGGGCAGUGGCGGUUGGGGCAGCUGAAGAGAGGGAGCAGGAGUGGAGCCUCGAGGUGAAGGAAAGAGUGCCGAUGCUCUGGAGUGCUGGGAGAAGCAAUGCAGACCUUCAGCAUCACGGGGCUCUACCUGGAGUGCUAGGGGAGGCGAUGCAAACCUUCAGCAUCACGGGGCUCUACGUCACGUUUGUGCUCGCCCUCGGGCGACUCAUUCGCUCGCAGAGCUCCGACCUUCGCCUCAAAAUACCCUACGAGAACCUGCCCUCCUGCGAAAGGUAA